AUGCGCCCAGUAGCUACAGCAGUGGCUUCGGGAAGUCUGACCUCCUUAGCGUUUAGCCUUGCAAGGGAUAUUUUAAGGGGACCCCUGGAACUCUCCAUUCCUCCUUCUCCUUCAUUUCCUCCUCUCACGUCAGAGCUUUGCACAUUCAUACGGCCUCAACCUGAUUGGCACCUGGACUUUUACUCAGUUUUGGUGGGCAUCUUCGUGGGGCUCAGCUUGAACGUUUUUGUGGACCUGCUGAUCGUUUUGCGGAUCCAGUGGACUCGAUUUCUGCAAGUGAGGCUAGCAGCCGAAGGAGCGGAAAGAGAAGAGACCAAGAGCUGGACCCGCGUCAGUUCUGCGGGCUCAGCUGAUUCAGCCAGGGGCUCUUCCUUGGAGGUGGACAAAGAGGAUCAGUCAAGUCGGCGCCGGCGCCAGUUGGCCGUCGAGAUUGGCCAGUUUUUGCGCCGUGCUCUCAACGGCGAGCACAGAGGUUCAUCUGGCAGAGACAGGCUGAAGCUAGCCAACCGUUGCUAUUUGAUUCUGGCUGAUUUCAGGGGCAGACGCCUCCCAAAGCCCAUUUGCUCCGACUCCUUUCAGGACGUCCGGAACCUUUGCAAGAUUGGCGCAGACGUGGGAGACAGCAUUUUUUGUGGAUUUGCAACCAAGUGGGAAGCGAAGGAGGUCGCUCAGGCUCUUGUGGUUCAGGGCCUUGGCGAAGUGAACUAUCACUACGAGCCAGCGAGUUUUUCUUUUGUCGAGGGCGACGUUGAAAAGUCGCUCUAUAUUAUCCCCAUUGUCGAGCUAGACGGCAAGUUGCUUGUUGCUUUGCCUGCGGAAGCCUGGGACAGAACCGUGGCACGUCGCCUGGUUCCUCGGACUACUCUGGGCAAAGCCAUCAAAGUUUCUGUGGUUUGCUCGGCUGUUACAGACCGGGAGAUCCCUUUGGCAGAAGAGGACUCUCAGUUAUGGCUGGGAUUUUUGGACAAAAACUUUGUGUCCCAGCUGAAAAUUGCAAGAAUUCAAGAGCCGAUUGCCGAUGUGUACCGGCUGCAAGGAGAAUCAGAUGUUUUGCUGCUCCCCUAUGCUCAGAGUUUGGUGGAAGCCGCGGACGAACAGUUCGCCUUCGUCUCGGCCAUGAGCGGCUCUCCUGGAGAGGAAGAGCCUCCGCCUGCUGGCGGCAGCAGCGCUGUGGAAGCGCGCAUGGAACGCAUGGAACGCAUGGAGAAGAUGGUUUUUGGUUUGCAAAAGAACAUGGAAAAUUUUCUUGCUCUGCGAAAGGGCGAUCCUCAAAGUUUGUCCGCAAAAAGCAAGUCUCAGCGGAAGGCAGUUGGAACCCAGGAGGCCGACGAGAGGUCGAGCCGAGUUGGUCCGGUCCAGAUAGCCGGUCUGGAUCCUUCAGUUGUAGCAGCGGCGAGAAAAGCCGGAGUGGGGGAAGCCGAGUUGCAGAGAUUGGGCUCCAUGGUGUCCAAAAGCCACAAGCUCGGAGACGCUCCGGGCACUUCCAGAAAACCCAUUAUGGCAGUGGAUUCGGAGGAGGAAGAAGAAGUGGAGUCGGAAGAGGCUCCCGAGGAGGAGGAAGAGCUGGUGGAAGAUCGACAAAAUUCCAUGGGAGAUCUCUCCAUGCAGAAAGCCGUGAUGAAGCUGACCAAGAUUGUGGACAGCUUGGCGGCGCAGAAAAAGCCCAGGGGCCUAGACGCUUUGUUGGAUGGAGCAGACGCCGAAGCUCAAGAUCCGAGCAGCAGCUCUUCUGGGAAGUCAAAAGCAGCCCUGUACAAGAAGCUUCGUCGCAGCCUUCUGGAGGACCCAAAGUAUGUUUUCCAGACCAUCGAGAACCUGAUGGACGAGGAUUUCCAACUUCUUCGCAUGGCGCCGGGAGCAAGGCAGGAGCGACGAAGCCCGAGCCCGUUGUGCUCUGAUGAUGGCAGCGGCAGAUCAGACGUCGCUGGACGGCGGCAACUGGCUGUUGAGCCAAGAGAUCCUUCUGGAGGAGCCGCCUCCUUUGCGUCUUUCCAAGGCAAGAAGCUGCCCGAGACCUGGGAUCAAGCUGCUUCGAAGCUGCUGGACGAGAGGUGGCAGGACGUCCUCAUGUGGAAAGUCCGCAGCAAAGAUUCCUACCUCGAGUCCAGAAAGAGGCUCAGCCAGGGCAAAGGCGGCAAAGGAGAUCACCCAAAGCGAGACGAAGUAGAUCGUCCGCAGCCAAAGAAAGGAGCAAAAGGGGGAAAAGGCCAGACGAAGUCAGAGAGCAAAAGGAAGGGGGCGGAGGAGGCGGGGCACGAAGAUGCACUGCCGGGUUCUCGCGCCACCACGGUGCACGGGUACAGUUUGUGGAAUUCACUUUUUGAUUUUCUUGGGCGAGCACGAAGCAGACUCUCCCUCACAUGGCUUGCGGUGCGUGCUGGACAUGCCUUGAAGAAGGCAUCUACUGGGCGGGUGUGGCCUUUGCCCCUGCCCUAUCCUGAACUUCAUCGUCGAGGUGGCCGACGGGGAAGACAGGAGAGCGCUAGAAAGCUAGGCUGCAACUUUGUGGUGCUUGUUUUGAACUUUCUCAAGUUUCCAGAGCGGCAUUGGCGUACGGUCACGCCUCCCUUAGGAACGGCUCUGAACAAGCGCCAAUGGGAAGUCGUGGGAAGGAUUUCCACGGCAAUUGAGACAUGGAAUGACCAAGAUGCAGUCACACCAGCUUUGAUGGGUCGAGCGGCUGCUAAGGUCGAGAAUGUGGAAGAAGUUUUGGUCGAUUUGGCUGCAGCUGCUUUUUCAAACUUUCAUGAGGGCAACAAAUAUGGGAACGGUGGAAAACUGGGGAUGCAGAGUAGCUGGGGAAAUCAAGGUUCUCCCGGCGACGUGGUUGGCGUUUUGAGCAAAGACCCUGCUUGUUUGGCUAGAGCAGUCAAACCUGAGCGGCUGAAAUUUUGGCAGACUCCUUCAUUUGAUCCUUUACCUUUUUUGGAUGAUGACAAUGGGGCCACUUUUUCGCGGCCUCUGGACUUUGCUAGGCCUCCCGUUUUGGAGGACGUGGGGCCGCCUCGAGUCAGGGUUAGGAUGGCUCAGAAGGACAGGGUCAAAUUUUUGGAACUGCUGGAUAGCUGUGGUCGCCUUGCUUUGCUCCCUAGCAAAUUUGCGCGACAGGGUUUUGAGAAUGGGCUCUUUGUGGUGCCGAAGGACGAGGCCCGAGACCGCAUGGUGCUGGACGCUCGCCCUGCCAACUGCCUAGAAGAUCCCGAAAAGCGCUGGAUUAGGAGCCUUGCUUCUGUGUCUCAGCUUCUCCAUUUCUUCGUCGAGCCUUACGAGGAGAUUAGGCGUUUUGAUAAAAAACUCUGGAAAGCAGGAACCCUGGUCCCGGCUUUAGGAACGAUGGCUAUGGGGGACCCGAAUGCAGUCAGCUAUGGCCAGACCUCGCACUUGGGAUGCUUACUGCAGAGCGGCCUUUUCUCUUUGAGCGACUUUGUGACGCUACAAGGGCGUCCCAGUCGGAAGAGGUGGCUUGCCGGCUUGAUGAUCGAUGACCUUGUUCUGCUUCAAGCUGUUCCCCGAGGUGUGAGCGAGGCUGAGAAGGAGACGAGCGAGUGCGCUGAGAUCAUUCGCGCAGUGCGCAAAGUCUACGAAAAUGUGGGCCUGCCACGGCAUGAAGGCAAGGCCGUCUUCAAUUCUUUACGAGGUGAAUUUUGGGGCCUAGAACUGGAUGGUGCUAGGGCUGUUGCGAGACCGAGUUUGAAACGUAGCAUUCCUUUGGCUUUCAUCCUCCUCAACAUUCUUCAAUUGGGUCAAGCUUCUGUUGCUCUCCUUGAGAUCGUUGCAGGGUCACUGGUUUCUAUUUUUCAGGUGCGUAGACGAUUGAUGGCUGUUUUGGAAGAGGUGUACGGAGCUCAGAGAGGACGAGAGAGGCAUGAGGUGGUGCAGCUCUCUCGAGAACUCAAAGACGAAAUUUUGUGCGCUCUGGCCCUUCUACCAUUUGCUGAGAUCGACUUCCGUUUGAAACCUUUUUCAAGAGUGGUUUGCUCUGAUGCCUCGACUCACGCCGAGGCUGCUGUCAGCGCGGAGAUUGGAAGCUCGGCUACAGCUGAGCUUCACAAACUGGCUUUGCAAAAAGGAGCUUGGAGUAAACUGCUUUCUCCAGUCAAAGCUUACUGGCGGGAAAAAGGUUGGCCUGAGGAAGAGAGCGAGCUUCCUGACUCUAGCUAUGACAUGAACCCUGUUUGGCGUGAGCUGGUCACUAGCCAGCGAUUUGUCAAGUUGGGAAAGAUCAGAAAGGUGAGGAGACGGAGGCAUAUCAAUAUAGGUGAAGUUAGAGCUGCUUUGGAGGCUGAGAGGUCAGUAGGGGCUGAAGCAGAGGAUUCUUUUUACAUUCAUUUGCAAGACAGUCAAGUUUCGCUGGCCUGCUUGAUGAAAGGCCGCUCAUCUUCACGGAGUUUGAACAGAGAAUUGCGUCGGUCCAUUCCCGAGCACUUAGCAGCCAAUGUGCGGCCCUUCUAUGGCUUCGUCAGAUCAAAACUAAACCCAGCUGAUGAUCCUACGCGAGGGGCAGAGGUGCGUGGGCCGUCAGAGGAGGAAUCUUCCUGGUUGAGAGAUCUGAAAGUAGGCGAGUUCACUGCUUAUGAUGCUUUUUUGGAAGAGCUUGGUUUGGAUCGCACUGCUGUGGCGGGUCUGCCUGAGGAAGCCGAGCUUGCACGGCAAUGGGACUACAAUGGUAGGAGCAAAAUUGAAGAGAAAAGAAAGACCAGAGAGCAAAAGAAGGUUGCUGUCACCGGGGAUGUGAAGCCCCCCAAGUUUGAGAAGCUUGAAAAAGUGGCCUGUGCGACAUCCAAAACUCCUUCUUCUAGCUUGGAGCAGAGAGCAGAGCCAGCUGGGUUGUCGGCUGAGGUGACGAAACUGCUGCGGAUGUUUGAUUCUAGCCAAUUUGAGUUUUCAAGCUGCUUUGGAAGUUUGGAAGAAGCACUAGCGUCUGGUCCAGGGUAUUUAGACCUGUUUUCUGGAAGCAGAGGAGUGGCGAAGGAGUUGGUCAAGCAAGCUCAGACGUGGGUUCUUACCUUUGAUCUCUCUCACUCUCCUUCCGAAAAUCUUCUCUCUCCUCCCUUGCAAGGUCAAAUACUAAGGUUAAUAGGUUGCGGUGCCUUUAGAGCCAUGGGAGCUGGACCUGUCUGCGCCUCUUUCAGCACUGCAGUAACUCCACCUUUCAGGAAUCGCGAGUAUCCUGAAGGGGUGCCUUGGGCUAGCGAGCUUCAACAAGAAAAGAACCGCGUUGGAAAUCUACUGCUGAAGUUUGUGCUGCAGGCAGUGGAAGCGUGUUGCAAAUCUGAAAUUAUUUUUUGGGUGGAGAACCCGCACCCUUCCUGGUUGUGGCGCCAAGUAGGGGAGCUGUCCUGGGAGCCUUUGCUGAGACGUUUUGGUAUAGGGGACCUGGUAGUGGACUAUUGUCGUUUUUCAACGCCCUGGCGGAAGAGAACGAGAUUUAGGACAAAUGGACAGCUUCAAGGGCAGAGGCUUAUGUGCCAGUGCAAGACCCCGCAUGUGGUCCUGAGGGGUCGAUCGAGGGGUCGAUCAAAAGCUGCGGGGCUGAACUAUACUAAGAUUGCUGAGGCCUAUCCUCGCAAACUGAAUUGGAUGCUUGCUGCAGCGAUGCUGGCCGACUCGGGCCUACUAGCUGGGAGACGAAAGCUCAACAUUUCUCAGUGCUGCAAAGCGCAGAGCUUGCGAAUCGGGGAAGCUCAAAAUCCUGGGCCCAGAGGAAGACAAAUUUUCGCUCGAGAAGGUCGUUUAGGGGAUAUCAAAACACUGGAACCUGCUACAAUUUUGCUGCGAGGCAGACUGUGGACAGCUUUCCUAACCUGGUUCGAAGAGCAUUUUCCCGGACGUGAUUUGCUGGAAUGGAUGAGCAGCUCGCUCGAGCUUUUUAUCUCUGUGCUGGUUGGGUUUGGUCAUGACUCCUUUGCAUCAGGAAAACCGCUGUAUGGGUAUCGACAACUGGUGGCGCAUUGCCAAAAAGAAUUUCCGGCUCUUAUAUUCACUCUGCCUGGGAAGUUGUUUCGAGAUGGGAAAUUGCUGAGCCCACUCGACAUAGGUGAGCUUUUGAAAGCACGACGAAGAGACGUGCUGACGCCAAAAGAUCUGCUGACUGAAGAUGCGGUGAUUUAUGUGAAGAUUGCUUUGCCAAAGACAAAGAUAGCUGUGCUACAGGGCGCAUUGCCAAUCUUCAUUUGCAAUGAGAUCAAGGCCACGGCCAUAGGUGGAGCAGCAGCUCGUGCUGCUCUUUUUACUGUGGCGAAGCCUUUCGAAAAAGGCGUUCAUGGGCUGGCCAGCCUUCCGCGCAAAGCGCGGCCACCCUCCCUUGGAGCAGCAGCUCGUGCUGCUCUUUUUACUGUGGCGAAGCCUUUCGAAAAAGGCGUUCAUGGGCUGGCCAGCCUUCCGCGCAAAGCGCGGCCCCAUCACUGA